AUGGUUGGUGCUAUCGCGAUGGAAUAUGCCAUACCCUUGAGUCUGGAAAACAAUAUCUUGUGCCAUAUUGUGAGCGCAAAGCCGCUGAUAGUGGAAGAUUUUGUGAGUAUCAUAGAAAAGAUGCAUGCGAACCAACAGCAGUGGAAAAAAGAACAAGGAGUCACACGUGAAAAUCGUUGCACUAGCCACCAAAAUGGAAAUUGCAUCUCCCCAGAGGGAAUACCUUUGUGCGACUGCUUCCCAGGUUAUGUUGGUGAAAAGUGCGAUAUUUACGAUCCUUGCGCCAGAAAUCCAUGUGGGAGAACUUCUGAGUGUAUCGCGAUACCAGAUGAAAUGGAAGUCAAAGGAGAUCUAUCCGCUCAGAAUUACCGUUGUAUAUGCGGAAUGGCUGAAGAUUUAGAUGCCUAA